AUGCCACUUCUUGGCUGCAUCACGGGUGCACACGGCGUAAGCCCUGAUCCGGAAAAGAUCAAGGCGAUUAGCGACUGGCUUGUGCCAGUCAGCGUCAAGGGACUUCGAAAGUUCCUUGAAUUGGCGGCGUACUUGCACAAGUACUCGCGCAACUACGCCGAGAUGACCUUACAUCUCUCUCGUCUGCUGAAGAAAAACGAGAGGUGGUCAUGGAGCGCUGAGUGUCAGCACUGUUUUAAAGGCAUCGAGAAGAGCUUGGUGCAAUCGCCUGUGUUGGCGACUGCAGACCAGAAUAGACCAUUCCACGUGGUCUGUGCGUCCAGCGAUAUUGCAAUCGGCCGCGCGUAA